GAGGCCGGUGUGAAGAGGCGCCCAAAGGUGGAGUUCGCUUAUUUACCCUCAUUUCCCUCUCCAAAAACCCCAAAAUGUCCGACGCCGAGGAUGUAGUCGAGCCCAUGGACGUGGAGGAGAAUUCCAAUGAAUCCUCCUCAGCAGAAACAACUUCCUCUAGCAAGGCUGGUGGGGAGUAUGAGAACAAGAUGGAAAUGGACCGCUCCAAGAGGUUCGACUACUUACUCAAACAGACAGAGAUCUUCUCGCAUUUCAUGGCUGGCUCAAGGGACAAGACCCCCUCCUCUCCUCUUAAAUGCAAACCUGGUCGGCCAAAGAAAGCAGAGAAUCGCAAGCCGUCUGUGUCUGGCGACCUCGCGAAGAAGUUUACCUCCUCAGCUGCCGAGUAAGUGAUCUCACCUUUU